AUGGAGGCCGGCCCGGAGGCGGCGCUGCUCCUGGCCAGGCUCCUGGAAGAGCUGGACGGCGGGCCGGGCGCCUCUUCCUACCAGGACCUGUGCAAGUCGCUGUGCGCGCGGCUGGACCUGGCGCAGCUGGCGCGGCUGCGGAGCGCGCUCUUCCACACGGCCUGCCUGGACCCGGGCUUCCCGGCCGCGCUGUUCAGGGACAAGACGCAGUGCAGCGCGGGCGGCCCGCAGUCCAAGAAGCUCAUGGUGGCGGCGGACAUCGUGACCAUGUUCAACCUGCUCCAGGUGAGCGGGGCCGCCGCCGCCAGGGAGAAGCCGCCCGCGGGCCGCGCCAAGGCGCGCGCGCCGGACCCCUCCGACGCCUGCGGCCCCGCGGGCUGCGACGGCGCGUGCGACCGGCGCGAGGCCUUCGGCAGGGGCUGCCCCGCGCGGCCCCGGUGCCGGCAGGCGGUGGACGCCAGGGACCGGCCGCAGCAGUUCGUGCCCGCCUGCGAGCCCGGCUUCCUGCUGGGCGUCGGCGAGGGCGCGCAGAGCCGCGCGGCGUCGCUGGACCGGCUGCAGCCCCCGGACCCCUACCCCGCGGCCGGGCCCCCGCCCUGCGAGAUGCAGCGCACCUACUUCCCCAUGAGCGCGGGCGGCGAGGCGGGCUCGGACCAGGACUCCCUGCCCGCGCAGGGCCUCGGCGACGGCUUCGCCUCCAGCGAGGAGCCCUUCGCCGUGCCGUCCUGCGUCCAGAAAAGGACCAUCUUCAAAGAGGACUUCCACAACCUGAUGGCCGUGUCCCCCGGCCCCGCCGGCCAGGCCGAGGGCGAGCGCGGGGAGCCCACGGGGCGCAAGGAGCAGCGCAAGUCCCCGUUCUUCAACCACAGCUUCGAGAUGCCCUACCACAGCCAGUACCUGAGCCCCGGCUACGCGCCGGCCCCCGACAAGAGGCGGGCAAAGCACGAGAGCCUGGACGACCUGCAGGCGUCCACGUACUUUGGGCCCACCCCCGUGCCGGGCGCCCAGGAAGCGCGGCGCUGCGCGGGGAGGCCCGGCAAGCAGACCCCGUGGCCCGCCAAGAGCUGGAGCCUGAACACGGAGGAGGUGCCCGACUUCGAGCGGUCCUUCUUCCACAGGAACCCCUCGGAGGAGAAGCUCCGCUACCCGAGCCCCGGCGCCCAGAGCCCCGGCUUCCCGGCCCCCGACCGGCGCCCCGCGUACCUCGCGCCCCAAGACCCACGGCCGCUGCUGCCCGCGGGCUACGCCGCGAAGCCAAGCGGGCUCAAAGCUAAAGACAUCGCGUCCCCGGUCGACCUGGAGAAGCACGAGCCCGCCAAAAAGUUCAAGGACAAGAGCACCGGCUGCAGCGGCGGCGGCGGCCAGCAGCUGAGCUCCGACACGAGCAGCGUGGGGACCCAGACGGAGCCGCGCGCGCUCGAGCCCCGGGCGCGCAGGGACGUGUGCGCGCCGCCGGCGCGGGGCAAGUACAGCGACAGGCUGGCCCUGAAGCACUCGGACGACGACUCGGAGGGGGUGGUCAGCGACGACAUCAGCGACAUCUUCCGCUUUCUGGACGACAUGAGCGUCAGUGGCUCCACGGGCGUGGUGCAGUCGUCCUGCUACGACAGCACGGGGUCCCUGUCCCAGCUUCCCAAGUCGGACUGCGACAGCUCCCCGGAGCGCAGCGUGGGCUCGGUGGCCGGCGGGGCCCCCGGCGGCCCAGGCGAGAAGGGCAGCCAGCGCGCCGAGGAGGAGCUGAAGACCAGCGUGUGCCGGCUGGUGCUGAGGAUCGGCGAGAUCGAGCGGAAGCUGGAGUCGCUGUCGGGCGUGCGCGAGGAGAUCUCGCAGGUGCUGGGCAAGCUGAGCCGGCUGGACCAGCGGAUGCAGCAGCCGCCGGCGGACCAGGGGCGCGCGCGGGCCGACCCCAACUCCUCCACCAGCGAGGCGGCGUCCGACGAGGACGAGGACAGCGCCUCGCCCCGGCCGUGCCGCGCGCACGGACCCUGCGCGCCCAGGCUGGACGGCGGCGGCGGCAGCGACUGGGGCUGCUCGGACGCCAGCGGCAGCAACAGCGCGAGCCUGCGCGUCAAGGCCCUGAAGAAGAGCCUCUUGGCCAGGCCGUCCUCGCGGUCCCUGACGGAGGAGAACAGCGCCACCGAGUCCAAAAUCGCCAGCACCUCCAACUCGCCCCGGGACUGGCGCACGGUGCCCUACGCCGCCGGCCGCGCGGGCCUCGCCGAGGAGGUCAAGGGCCCCGCGGACGACAAGGACUGGCCGCGGAAACCCAAAGAGGCGGAGCGGCAGUACGACCCCCACCCCCAGCACCGGCUGCCCAAGCAGCCCAAGGACGGCUUCCUGGUGGAGCAGGUGUUCAGCCCGCACCCCUACCCGGGGCCCCUCAAGGCUCACGUGAAGAGCAACCCCCUGUACACGGACAUGAGGCUGACGGACCUGGCCGAGGUCAAGCGGGGCCAGCCGUCCUGGACCCUCGAGGAGUACGCCCGGAACACGGGCGACAAGGCCAAGCUGGCGGCCCUGGACCUACAGACGCAGGAGUCCCUGAACCCCAACAACCUGGAGUACUGGAUGGAGGACAUCUACACCCCGGGCUACGACUCUCUGCUCAAACGCAAGGAGGCCGAGUUCAGGCGCGCCAAGGUCUGCAAGAUGGCGGCCCUCAUCGCGGCGGCCGCCUGCACGGUGGUCCUGGUCAUCGUGGUGCCCAUCUGCACAAUGAAGUCCUGAGCGGCGGCGCGGCCAGGCCACCGCCACCGCGGAGCCCCCCCUGCACCUGCGCUGUCUCGGCAACGCGGCGACCGGCUGCUGAAGCGGAGAUGAGGUAGUCACGGCGGCUUCCCCCGCCGGCGCGGACGGCGGUCUUCCGGAAGGACACCCCCGGCGGCGGGAAACCUGCCUGCCCGUGCCAGCCGCGGCUUAACCACACGCGGUGCGUCUGUGCACGUGCAGCAUCCCUUUUCCUACCAAGGGGAUGCAGCGGGCUGUUGGGAAGUGCGGAUCGAAUAUGCCAAGCCACAAAAAAAAAAAAAAAAAAAAAAAAAA